AUUCCUAAAGGGAUGGCUCUGGCUCCUCGGACACAGCUCAAAGACGAAGCUAGCAGACAUUUGUGUGCGUCUCAGGGAAAGAGAGAGCGAGAGAGAAAGAGAGGGAGAGCGCUGGCUAAAUGAGUGUAGACCUCUCUAGCUGAUCCGGGAGGUUGUUUUGCCACUUAGCCCGUCAUGUGAUUGCCCUGGGCUUGCUAUCCUUCGGUUUUUCUUUUUUGUUAACUUGAUUUCCAGGAGCAGCCUAUCUACCACUGCAGGGAAGCCAAGUUGGCUAGGACUUGUAAUCAAAUACCGGUGGUGCGGUUUUUUUUUUUGUAGGAUAGGCUAAGGCUUCUUCGUUCCAAAAGGGUGGUGGACCCGACACAAGCUUCCUGUGGAGACUGUCACCACCAUCUAGCAAAGAAGGCAACAGAGGACCACCUUUAUACUUGUUGGAGACGUCCAGAGAAGGAGUGCCUCUCGCUACGCCUGGGUCGUUGCCGCUGGUUCUCGUUUUCAAUCCCUCUACAAAGAAGAGGAUUUCAAGGAAUAUAAUAUAUGCACAGAUGAAAUGGUCUCAGGCUCGGUUAACAUCUACGAACCACUGAAGAGGCUCUGACAAAAUAACAGGGGAAAGGAGGACAGGACAGGACAGGACAGGACAGGACAGGACAGGACAGGACGAGAGAGAGAGAGAGAGAGAGAGAGACUAUUGAAAAGAAAAGCGGAGGUGGGGUUGGGUAGGAUCAGCUUUGUGUCUGUCGGUGUGAGGUUGGGGUGCAUGCUUUCCUCUCCAGGGGACAUCCUCCUUUGUGUGAGAGAUAGUUAGCAAAAGACAAAGAAUGCUCAAUAAACAGAGAGGAGAGUGUCGAGCGGCGGGGAUGCCUGGUCUGGGGAGUUUAGCUCUUGGAAGCAGGACUAGCGUGUUGCUGCUACUGACUCUCAUUGUAACCCUGGCUCAAGGGGCCUGGCCACUUGAUCAAUCCCAGGGACAGGUGGAGGUGCUGGGGGACAUGAUGGUGGAAGGACCCGGGGAACUGGAGGCCUCCAUGCACUCCUCCGUACUCUCAGACUUCCAGGUGGUGGAGGCAGCAGUGGAGGCCUUGGAGCCGGUGGCGGCUGCAGUCCAGCAGUCUGCUGUAGGAGCAGGGGGAGUGUCAGGAUUCCCAGACUCGUCUGCUGUAGAGGGCCGGGUUUUCCAGAUGAAGGUUCCGGUGAAGACGGACUAUACCAGGAACAUGGUGAAGAUAACUGAGUCAGGCAAGGAGACGCUACCAACAUGGCUUCACUGGGACUGGAAGAGCAACGUCCUACAGGGUCUACCGCUGGGGGAGGACAAGGGUGUCCACUACAUCACCGUCUCCACAUCCAACGGCAGCCAGGACAUCUUCUCCAUCGAGGUGCACCCAGAUGAGCACCCUGACACCGACCCGAUCCAGUCAGCAUCCAACAACGAGGCCCAGCCGUUCGUCUGUGGCAACGAGGAGCCGGUGACGGUGCUCACGGUGAUUCUGGACGCCGACCUGACUAAGAUGAGCUCCAGACAGAGGGUGGAGCUGCUUGGCAAGAUGAGGAAGUUCUCUGGCGUGGCGCUCCAGCACAUGAAGAUACUUCCCGUGGUCAACAACAGAUUGUUCGACAUGUCCGCCUUUAUGGCCGGACCGGGAAAUGCUAAAAAGGUGGUGGAGAACGGAGCCCUGUUAUCCUGGAAGCUGGGCUGUUCCCUGGACCAGAGUAACGUCCCUAACAUUAGCAGCGUCCAGGCACCAGCUAAAAAGGGCACUAUGUCGGCUCAGUUGGGAUAUCCGGUCGUCGGUUGGCACAUCGCCAACAAGAAGCCUCAUAUUCCAAAACGGGUGAGGCGCCAGCUCAACAAUACCCCUACUCCUGUUCUAGCUUUGCCUCCCCCAACGUCUGUCGUCGAGCCCCCUGUUCGCAUUGUACCAACCCUGUCGUCACCUGCCAUUGCUGCCCCCACAGACAGCUCUGCCCCACCCAUGAGAGGGCCUGUGCCCUUGCCCAUGAAGCCCACGAUCCGUGUCAGAGACUCCUAUGCCCACACUCCCACUCAGGGUGCACCCCUGCCAACCAGAGUGAUGGAGUCCACUAGUACCAUCUCCAUUCAACCCACGAUGACCAGGCAUACCGUUGUGGAAGCUACACCGACACUCCCUCCACCCACCACAGUCGCCACCAGAAAGCCAACCAAGAAACCAAAGAGACCGAAGACCACUCCGAUGCCAAGGGAACCCAAGACCACCACUGCCAAACCAGCCAGACGCACCACUCCUUCGUCCAUCGUGCCUGACCCAAGUAAUGAGAAACCAGAUCUCCGCAACCCCAUUGAUCAGGUCAAUGCCUUCGUGGGCACAUACUUUGAAGUGAAAAUCCCAUCCGAUACGUUCUUUGACAAGGAGGACGGUACGACAGACAAGCUGAGGUUGACAUUGAGGAUGAACCACAACGAAGUGGUCGGAGAUAAUUCCUGGAUACAGUUUAAUAGCACAAGCCAGCUGCUGUACGGUCUACCUGACUCGAACCACGUCGGGAAGCACGAGUACUUCAUGCAGGCCACCGAUAAGGGCGGUCUGAAUGCGAUCGACGCCAUUGAGGUCCGUGUGAACCGCUGGGCUUCCAACGAUAAGUCCCCGGUCCUGUUCCAAGCUCGCUUCCACGGGGAACCUCGCCAGGUGACCAACGACAUCCACAAGAAGAUCCUGCUCAUCAAGAAACUGGCGUACUCGUUCGGGGACCGCAACAGCAGCACAGUCACCCUGAGGAACAUCACCAAGGGGUCCAUCGUGGUGGAGUGGACCAACAACAGCCUCCAGCAGAACCCAUGCCCGAAGGAGCAGAUCCACACCAUGUCCAGGAGGAUCUCCGAUGCCCAGGGAAGGCCCUCCCAGACCUUCAUCUCCACCAUGGAGCCUGAAUUCAAACCCAUCGACAUCAAGGUAAAAGGGACGGCCGCCUGCCGGAAUUACAUGUUUGUCCCGCCAGGGGAAAUCACCAUUCCUAUCCCCCCGGCUGUCACCCCGGCGCUGGGUACCGGACGCCAGAGCACCGACGACGUCUACCUCCACACGGUCAUCCCUGCAGUGGUGGUGGCGGCUAUCUUGCUGAUCGCCGGCAUCAUCGCCAUGAUCUGCUACCGUAAGAAGCGCAAGGGCAAGCUGACCAUUGAGGACCAGGCUACCUUCAUCAAGAAGGGGGUGCCCAUAAUCUUUGCAGACGAGCUUGACGACUCCAAGCCCCCUCCGUCCUCCUCCAUGCCCCUCAUCCUGCAGGAGGAGAAACCCCCACUGCCCCCGCCGGAGUACCCCAACAUGGCCAGUCCAGAGACCACCCCCCUGAACCAGGACCUUCUGGGGGAGUACACGGCUCUGAGGGACGAGGACCCCAACGCCCCCCCCUACCAGCCCCCGCCCCCCUUCACCGUCCCCAUGGAAGGUAAAGGCUCUCGUCCAAAGAACAUGACCCCCUACAGAUCCCCACCACCCUACGUGCCCCCCUAAGGUUAGCUGGCUCCUCCAGAGGAGGAGAGGGGAAGCAGGGGGACUUGUAACCGUCUCACACCAGUAUUGUCUGUUUGGAGGAGGAUAAUAGAGCCUCUGCAAAGUGGUAAUGAACUUUGGACAUUUUGGGUUGGGAGGGUUUUGGGCUGAUCUGAUCAAGGCUGAGUUGAAGUUGAAAGAUGUGAGGGAGGGAGAACUAGGUGGUAGCCUCGGCAACAGUAACCACAACAAUGACACUAUUCAGUCUCUCGUCGUCUCAUUGGCUACAGCUGAACAGCUAGUUUGGGAAGACACACCCCUCCUGUCCCAGCGCUUUUUUUUCUCCUUUUGAAACUAAAUGGCCUUUUGUUUUAUUUUGUGUCUUUGGUUCUGUUUUUCUUCUGUUUUUGACUGACUUUAAGAUCAAACUACUUGCCUUUUAAUCUUCUUUUAUCUUGAAUAAUGCAAGAGGACAAUAAACAAACAUACUGCAGGCAAAAAUGUUUUUAAUAGAGAGAGAGAAGAGUUAUAUGAAUGAAAAUAAACACAACGUAAUCAUAUUGAUCUGGGACAACCCUGCAGACAGCCAGACAACACAGUGGCGGUGGCUGUUUGGUUUCAAUAAGGUUUGCCUUUUAACACUAAUUGUAUGUUUUUACCCUUAUUCACACAAUGUCUAGAUGAGCAUAACAAAGUUAGCCUAAAAAAUAAUUAGAAAUUAGUAUAAAAAAAGUUUUCUGUUUUGUUUGUUUUAUUAUUUUUUUUUUAAACUGUAUAUCUGGAAGAUGUUCUGUUAGAUAGAUAGAUAGAUAGAUAGAUAGAUAGAUAGAUAGAUAGAUAUAAUUGUUUUGGUGGUGGUGGAGCAGAACUCCUGACUGAAAUAGCCUGCAGGAUCUAUUUUUCCCCCCGAUCAGAAAGGAACGGUACACCCAGUAGGUAGGCCUGGUUACCCUGGCCUGGUUAUUACCAGAUGGUUACCCUGGCCCGGUUAUUACCAGAUGGUUACCCUGGCCUGGUUAUUACCAGAUGGUUACCCUGGCCUGGUUAUUACCAGAUGGUUACCCUGGCCUGGUUAUUACCAGAUGGUUACCCUGGCCUGGUUAUUACCAGAUGGUUACCCUGGCCUGGUUAUUACCAGAUGGUUACCCUGGCCUGGUUAUUACCAGAUGGUUACCCUGGCCUGGUGAUUACCAGAUGGUCACCCUGGCCUGGUUAUUACCAGAUGGUUACCCUGGCCUGGUUAUUACCAGAUGGUUACCCUGGCCUGGUUAUUACCAGAUGGUUACCCUGGCCUGGUUAUUACCAGAUGGUUACCCUGGCCUGGUUAUUACCAGAUGGUUACCCUGGCCUGGUUAUUACCAGAUGGUUACCCUGGCCUGGUUAUUACCAGAUGUAUUGUUUUUACUUUGCCCGAGUUUCCCGAAGCCACCCAAAAUCAUUCAAGAGGGAAAUAAAAACACAAUACAAAGCCCCUUUUAUUAUUCUUAUUCAAAAUGGGUUAAACUGAGAAUCAUUAUCUGAAUAUGAUCAUAACAUUGACAAUUUGAAUGCCAUUUUGCCUUUAUGGUGAUGCGACAAGUGUCUUCUGUAAAUAACGAUGGAUCGGCCUGUUGAAAUAAGAUGAAGUGUAUUUUUAGUUUAAAAACGUUUGUGUAAAUCAGAUUUGGAAAAAGCCUCCUGCAGUUUAUUUUAGACAAGGGGUUAUUAUUUUUGUAUGUAGUGAUGAUGCUCUUGUUUUCACAUUUUAUGCGGGAAACAGUUUAGUGCUGUUGAGAGUGAUUGAGAACGUCCUGAAAGGGAUACAUUUAUUCACAACUCAAAGGUAAUUGUUGAGAGGAGGGGAGGAGUUAGAGGGCGAGAAAGAAAGACAUGGGAAUGUCCCAAUAACAAGAUGACUAGAAAACACUGAAAAAAAAUGGUUGAUAAAAUCUCUAUCUAAUUUUUUUACAAAGUUUUUGAUACAGCAUCAAAUUGUUUAAAAGAAAAAAAAACAUGAAUAGUGUACUGACUGCAAUUUGUAAAAUCUUAGCGUAGAGAAUUGAUUCUUCAUUAUAUACCUUUUCUCAUUGUUUUCAAGGGAUUUUUGUUUUGGUUUUUGAUUGCAUAUUAUCUCAUUGAAAUGUACUUCCUGUUAUACAGUCGGAAUGACCCAUUUUAUGUAAUCACACGUUUUAUUUAAUUUUCAAGUUCUUCGCCUGACGAGUUUUGACUUUGAAAGUGACCCUUUUUGCAAUAAUGUAAGGUGCUGUCCGGUGGUGGUGAGUGGUCAAUGCAGGUUAAAUGAGUGAUGAUGAACUACUCACAUAAUAAUGAAUAUGUACCUACAGUACAUAGUUUGUUUUUUGCCGGAUGCCAAGUUUUGCUUUUUGAGUGUGCAUUUAUCAUGUAAGCCGACCUCCGUCCAUCUUUAUCCAGAUCAUUCUUCCUUCUUCACACGUUUUGAAAUUCAAGUCCUAAAAGUAUUGGAAUGAAUGAAUCAUCAAUACAUAUAACAGAGUGGAUUAGGGUGGUGUGUCUUGGGAUGCUGCCGUACAUUAUUAAUAUAGAGAUGUAUUUUUUAUUGAUGAGCUUCGGUUAUAAUUGGUUUUCUAAUGCUACCCUCUUGUAUUGAUGAGUCAAUAUGUCUACGUCGAUAGAGGUUUCAGUAUCAGUAAGUCGUGUAUCCAUCUAUCUAAUCUGUCAGACAUUUGAGACCCUGAUUCCUGUCACAGUAACUGGUGAAUAAUUAUGUCUCCUUGUAAUAAAACUGGUAUUAUUAAUCUGACUAGAAUGAAAACAUUUGAUCUGGAACGUCGAACUAUUAAAAAAGGUUAACAUGUUGUAAAUCUCCUUUCAGUUCAAUGUGUCCAUCACACUCACCGCCAUGAAAUACAGAUGUAGUUUAUUGGUUAUAUGUAAAUAACUUACUGACACCCCCUCACCUUAUUGGUUAUAUGUAAAUAACUUGCUGACACCCCCUCACCUUAUUGGUUAUAUGUAAAUAACUUGCUGACACCCCCUCACCCACUCUGCCUCUGCGUCCACAGAUCAUCUAGUCACUUCAGCUCUAUUGAUUUCUGACAAGGAAGAAACUGCAAAAAUAGUCCUAGACAAUCUAUCCCAAUAGGGUUGUUAGUUAAUCAAAUAAGAAAUAUAUAUGUUACUGAGAUUGAAGAAGAUGUUAUCCAUGUUUGAGUGAGAUUCAUUGUACAAUAGGUAAGUAGAUGCUACAAGGACAAUGUCCUUUUUUUGAGGCCUUUUAAAAAAUAUAUAUAUUUUAAGUGGCGUAGUCAUUUCCUCAUUGCGCUCAGUUCAUUAGGCUAGCAAAUAAUCAGGCUUAGUUACACCGAGUCAAAUCCUAACUUAAGAUGAGUACGUGUGACACACUCAAGCGUACAUGAUGUGUUAAAAUCGUACAUGAUGUAAGUGAAAGUGUUAGUGACGUGUGUUUCUCAAGUUUGGAUUUAGUCCCAUUUGACUCAAAUCAGGAGGAGAUGAUGGUCUGAUUGCGUGAAAGCUUAACGGAGAAGAAACCAAAGAUGCAAAAAAAAAAAAAAAGUUAAAUAGCAGUCAUUCACUAUAACUGGUUCAAAUGCCUUGUUGACAGAAUAUCUUAUCUGUCGGGUUACAUUUCUAUAUUUCAGUUACAUUUCAGCAUUACAUUUCAGUUAUUAGCAACGGUAUUGCAAAGGAUACGGAAUCAACAAAAACACAUUGUUCUUUUCAUUUAGAACACGAUAGCUGUCCUGAGGGAUACACGUUAGGCUGUAUCAACCUUUAUGUUUUGUUUAAGCCGAUGGAGGAAUGCCCCCCCAUCCCAUUAGCUUCUGUACAAUUCCAGAUAGCUGCCUUUCGGUUUAGGUACGGCAUCUCGGACCACAAUUCCAGAUAGCUGCCUUUCGGUUUAGGUACGGCAUCUCGGACCACAGAAGGUCAUGUCAUGUGUAUCAUACAUUUGUGUUGUUGAUUUUUCUUUCAUUAGCUUUCCUUUUUUUUUCUCCGCCCAUUUGAAAUGUAGGGAAUGGCGUGUGUGUGUGUGUGUCAAAUCAAAUCAGCCUUAGAAAUGCAUGCAUUCAUACACAGCAAGCAGCACUGACUGAAAGCCUCCUAAGCUCUGGCAAGGUGCAGAUUUUUACUACAUUAUUAUUUUGAUUGCUGUAGAGAAUAUGUCGUCUUCGUUUUAUUUUUUUAUUUUUCAUGAGUGAAUUAGUACGACGAUGAUAGUAGCAGUAGUAAUAGUGAUGAUGAUGAUUACAAUAAUGGUUUCAAAGGGGCAUUCUGUACUGUGUUCGUCCUUCAUUUAUAUGUCAUUUUGUUAUUGAAAUACCUGUUUCCCCACCACCUUCCCAAUACAAAUGGGACUCCUCUGGUUCGGCAAAAAAAAAAAAAAAAAAAUGGUUGCCGAACUACAGCACAGUGAAAAUUAUAUUUGGCUUGGCUUAACACAUUGCCAUACAUCAGACAGACGUUCAAUUGACAUGCCUCUCUGUAAGUCACCCCAUGGGGAAGAAGGGAGGAGGGGAAAUAGAGGGAUGAUAAAUAGACUGAUUAAAUGCAGAGGAUUGUUUGUUUACAUCUGGUAGCGGUCGGAAAAGCCUGACAAUUGUCCUUGACCACAGGGAACUUACAACCUAGAAAAGAGGGUUGUACGUAUGUAUGAACGCUUGAGUAAAUAAUGCAUGGUGAAAAUGCAUUUUUCUUCUUCUGUGUUUAAUAGCAUUGUUUUAUUUAUGCCACUAGACACUGUAUGUUGAAAUCUUGUAUUAAAAAAGUGUUUUCACCCAAGUA